AUGGACCGAAACGCUAUCGUGAAACCGCGUGCUCGGCUACAAAAGCUAACGGUACGUAUCCAAAAGCUGACAGAAAGGUACGUUGUGGGAACACCGAAGGCUAAUUUACAGCUUUUGGUGUUGAACAAGCUUGAGAUAAAGAAAGGAGAAUUCACAGAGGAAAUAGGGCGGAUUGAAGCGGUGCACAGACAUCAGAAUCGAAGUAAAACGCCUCCUCUAUCGGAUCCGGUCAUAAACGAAACCGACGAAAGGACGGGGACUCCUCUCGCAGGGCAACUUGAAACUGAUCAACCUGGGGUUUUCGAACCGGGCGUCACAGAAGAAAGGGUCAAGUCCCUUAUUCAAGAGUUUGCAGACUCAACGGUUCAACCAUUGGAGACGAAAGUCAAGAAAGCCAUGCGCCAAACACUCUUGUUCGCCGAAAAGACGAGGGAUAACCUCGUAAAGGCAGAGGAACGAAUCACAAUCAUCGAAGACGAAUACCGGGACGACGUGGUUCUACACAACGAGCAUUAUCAACAAACCGAGGACUUGGAAUAUAAGACCUCAAGGAUAGUAGAUGACAUGGAUCGGUUUGAAAGGGAAACCGAGCAACGAUUCACAGAGGUCGAUGAGGAUCUAGGGCGGUCAAGAAAUGAAGUCGGCUCGACACUUGACAGGGUCACAGACCUGGAAAAGAAGAAUGCAAGCCUUGAAGACUGCAACGACAAGCUUGAAGCCGAUCUUAAGGCGCUAACCGAACAGGAUGCGCUGGACGAAGAAACGCGGAAAGAAAAGGAAACACCUCGACUAUCUAAAGAGGAAAUAGCCGAGCGCGAAAGAAACACAGCGGCUAAAUAUCCGGGACAUGCAAAGUCCGUAGCAAUUCAAGCGGCCAAAGAUGCGGAGCGGUUAAAUGCACAGAAACAAGGGUUCGAAGAAUUUUCCAGAGCUCACAAGAAGAAAAAGGCAGCAUCCUCCUCUUCGGCUCCGGUAAAACGAAAACGGAAAGUUUCGGCAAGAAAGAUGUUGGAGAGGAUCAAAGAGACAAAUGUCGAUACUCCACCAAACCCACCGCAAACCGAGGAUGAAGAUGAAGAGCAUCUGGAGCAGCGUUCUACAAGACAGCGAGUCUCCGAUACGGUUCCAAUCAGCACGGUCAGUCAACCGCAAGCUGGAGGUUCAUCCUCAAGACCGGAUCAACCGGAUAAGGAAAAACCAACCAAGGAUAUGAUGGACGGCUUCACGUUUUCCGAAUCAGAAUAG